GUUUAUCUAGAUAACACUCAAACACCCAUUAACAAAUUAGACACAGUUUACGCUUUCCCUCAAUCUCGAACAAGGAAAACGCCCACAGCUCGAGUUCAAACAACUGUGAGACUGAUAUUAGCAGAGCUGGAAAAUAAAAACAAAUGGUUUUAAUUUGGAUAGAGCUCGGGGAAUGAACAAAAGAGCAGAUCACACUGCCACAGAUACAUGAAGGGAGAGUUUUCCAUGCAAAUACAAGGAGAAACAGCAUGAGGCCGUCAGAAGAGGUCCAGCAACAGGACAAGAACAUCAACAACUACACUCGGAUCUCUUCUAAUUACGAUGAUCUCGAUGUUCAGAGGGAUCUUAACGUUACACAAAUCACCGUCCCCGAGAAACAAGGCUUGAGGAAGUUGCUAGCUUAUUUAGGGCCUGGUUUCUUGGUUGCAAUUGCUUAUGUAGAUCCUGGGAACUUUGAAAGUGAUCUUCAAGCAGGUGCUCUUUAUAAAUAUGAGCUUCUUUGGGUACUCUUACUGGCUACUAUAUCUGGCGCUCUGAUCCAAUCGCUAGCUUCAAAUUUAGGUGUUGUGACUGGUAAACAUUUAGCUGAACAUUGUCGAGCAGAAUAUCCUACAGAAAUAAACUACAUACUCUGGGUACUGGCUGAACUGGCUGUUGUCGCUAGUGAUAUUCCAGAAGUUAUUGGGACAGCAUAUGCCUUAAAUAUGUUGUUCCAUCUUCCACUGUGGCUGGGAGUUAUCUUGGCAGGAUUUAGUACUCUGAUUUUUCUUGCCUUGCAGCAGUAUGGGGUGCGGAAGUUGGAGCUAUUUAUAUCCUUUCUGGUCCUCACCAUAGCCAGCUGUUUCUUUGUAGAGAUAAAAUAUGCAAAUAUAUCCAUUCACAAAGUCAUUGAAGGGCUGUUUAUACCAAAACUAAGCAGUCAUGGAGCAACUGGAAUAGCAAUCUCUCUUCUUGGUGCAAUGGUCAUGCCGCAUAACUUAUUUUUACAUUCAGCUCUUGUACUGUCAAGGAAAACUCCCAGAACAGUUCAGGGAAUCAAGGAUGGAUGCAGAUACAAUAUUAUUGAAUGCAGUUUGGCUCUUCUGUUGUCUUUUGCAAUCAAUGUUGCUGUUGUAUCAGUUAGUGGAGCUGUCUGUAGCAGUACAGGGCUUUCAGAUGAAGAUAAAAAAAACUGCAGUAGCCUUGAUCUGAACCAUGCACCUUUCUUGCUAAAACAUGUUCUUGGGGGCUGGAGUUCAACAUUAUUUGCUAUUGCUCUGCUAGCUUCUGGACAAAGUUCAACCAUAACAGGAACCUAUGCUGGCCAGUAUGUUAUGCAGGGCUUUCUACAGUUGCGGUUUGCACCAUGGGCUCGAAAUUUGCUCACGAGGUGUGUUGCAAUUGUACCUAGCUUGGUUGCUGCUCUUAUUGGAGGUCUCAGGGGUGCUGGAAAACUCAUUAUCAUCUCUUCGAUGAUUCUUUCCUUUGAGCUUCCAUUUGCUCUUCUUCCACUUUUAAAAUUUACAAGCAACAAUGUUAAGAUGGGUCCUCACGUCAAUUCGAAAAAGGAAAUGAUGUGGGGCCCAUCACAAAGUUGUUGAUUUCUUGUUUUGAAGUGUUAGAUUGGAUCUCAUAUUUAGUGAUAUGAAUAGUAUUGAAAAGAAAUCCAAAUGGGCAUGUGAUAACUUGAAACUCUGGUGACACCGAUACAUAAUUACCUGGAAGCUUGUACCCUGGCCCUUGUUGAGUCUCAGAAACACCUCCUGGUCUCAAAAACAUGUAUGGGGAAGUCCCGAGAUGUAAGGAAACUUCAAUGGGUGUCUCUUUAGUGUUUAUACAUCUCUCAAAAUGAUCCUGUUUGUAAUUUCUCCUCUGCGCCUAGUAACUAGCUUAAGAGAAUUAAAUGAAACAAAGAAGAAUUCUCGUAAGCAUGUAUUUUGUAUGAAAAUUUAUGUUUUCUACUAUAGAAUUUUGUAUCAAAAUAUGAAGGGUCAAGAUGUCAUUGUCCAGAAAGUUUAUUAAUUGAUUGAAAUGUGAAAGUGGGGUACUCCAUACUAGUGACUUAGGAAUUGUUUCAAAGAUAUAUUCAACAAUUGCUAGCAACAUAGCUUAUGUAGAGUUACAGAUACAAUGAAGUGCAAGAGCAAAGUAAUUAUAUU